UUCUUUCUUUCUUGAUGUGAAAGUUUCAAUUUUUAAUCUUCAGUCAAACACCGAACCCAUCAUCAUAAAGCAAAACCCAUCAUCUACUUGUUCUUGAUUUCUUGGAUACUAAGGUCUGAUUCUCCCCCCUCAGUCUAUUUUACUGAUCUCAAAAAGAUCCUUAAUCGAUUCCUGUCUGUGAUUACUCGAUGACAACAAUGGGGCAGAAUAAUCUCAACGCAAAAUUGGUCCUACUGGGCGACAUGGGAGCUGGGAAAUCGAGCCUCGUUAUGCGCUUCGUCAAAGGUCAAUUCCUCGAAUUCCAGGAGUCCACAAUUGGGGCCGCGUUCUUCUCUCAGACGCUGGCUGUCAAUGACGCGACUGUCAAAUUCGAGAUCUGGGAUACAGCUGGACAGGAAAGGUACCACAGUUUAGCUCCGAUGUACUAUAGAGGUGCAGCUGCUGCUAUCAUCGUUUACGACAUCACUAGCGCGGAUUCCUUUGCACGAGCUAAGAAGUGGGUGCAAGAACUUCAAAAACAAGGUAAUCCUAACCUGGUGAUGGCCUUUGCUGGGAACAAAGCUGAUUUGGAUGAUAAGAGAAUAGUGACUGCAGAAGAAGCACGCAUAUACGCAGAGGAAAAUGGCCUAUUUUUCAUGGAAACUUCUGCCAAAACUGCUGCCAAUGUCAAUGAUAUCUUUUAUGAAAUAGCUAAGAGGUUGCCUAGGGCUCAGCCAGCUCAAACCCCAUCAGGAAUGGUUCUCGUUGAUAGACCAGCUGAAGGAGCACGAGCUUCAUGCUGUUCUUCAUGACUCUAUUUGUUCUUCUUCAGAUAUCACACGCAAUCAUAUAAUGUGAAGUUUAAAGGUGAAAGGUUGAUUGUUCCAAUGUUUUAUCACAAUUUUACCUCUAGCUUCCAAGAUUUGACCUUAUUCUCUUCUUUUAGCUACUCAAACUUAUUGAUGUAAAUGAGUAGAGAUUGAUAUACUGUCUGGUUAAGUCUGUUUUUGUGUUCUGCUAAUAUAGUAAAUCAAGAAGUUUGAAUCCAAAAUUUUAUUUU